AUGAGUGAACGUGAGGUCCCAGGUGUCGUCCAAGUGUUGCGCGAUGCCGCGACGGAAUUAAGCCGAGGGCCGCAACAGCCCUACCGUACGUCAGAAGCACAAUGGACGAGCUCCCCACUCCAACACGUCCACAUUCCAGUCCUCGACCGCGCUUCUCCACUCCUCUCCUUCCCGCCUGAACCCCCGUUCACCUUCCACCCCAGCUUCCCUUCCCCAGCGAGGACCGUCUCAACGCUCACACAUGUCCACUGCACCUCUCUCGUUGCGUCAUCAAGUGAUGCGCAUAUACAAAGAGCUGCUCUACCUGUCACGAGACUACCCGCAGGGCUACGACUGGGCGCGGUCACGGCUGCACAAGGCCUUCUCCAGCCAGCGGCAUCUGACGGACGAAGUAGCGAUCAAGAGCGCGAUCAAGCGGGCAGAGUUUGUGAAGAAGGAGGUGGAGGCGCUGUGAGUAUGCAUGCUAAGAGUAGGGUCAAGUGUUUGGCUGACGAGGGGGGGGGAGGAAAAGAUACUAUUUGAAACGCUACAGAGCACUGCGCCAGAGAUACGAUCCUAUCCAAUGAUCAAAAAGAAAGAGCCAUGUACAACGAUCUUUUCCAAUGGUCUUUUUUUUUAA